AUGUUCUUCAUCGCGCAGUCGGCCGUGCUCUUCCGUCUCGGUCCUAACCACUACUCUUUCUUCGCGUCGCUCCUCUGGCCUCCCUUUGCAGAGAUACUGGGCCUCGUCUAUGGCGUACUCUUUGCUUGCGGCGCGGCCGAUGGGAUAACGGCGUGUCUUUUCAUCCUUGCUUCCAGCAGCAACACUGCCGUGGCCUUCUUGUGCAGGGUGCUGACGAUGGACACUUUCUAUCCGAUUGGGCUUGUCCACCUGACGCUCGAGUACAGCAUGACCCUCAUGUCCAAGGUUUUCAUAUGCCGGCUGGUAAACAUGAUGAUAGCGCACGCGGAGGCCGAGCCGGUCAUGGACCCCUCCUCUGGCCACGAGGCCGACAACGCCUGGGUCCGCGAGCACGUGCUCUUCCAGGGCCCCCCAGGCGGCCGGACGCGGGGCCCGCCGCCGGCGGGCGGCCCCCGAGGCCGGGCGCACGGGCCGGAACCCGCCCAGGACGCGCAACGAGGCUGGGCCUCGGGCGACGGCGCGCUCCCCAGGCGUAGGCUCUCGGACAUGUUCAACUGCACCGGCCUGGAGUCCGAGGACCACUCGCUGUCGCGGCAGGCGACGCCGCUGUCACGUGGGGAGCACGACCGGCAGUACAGCGACAGCGUGUUCUCCGACAUCGUCGGUGGCGGCCUUCACUACGACUGA